GCUCCGGUCGAUCAUCCCAUUCGCCCGCCGUCAUCACUGCCAUCCUCCACGCCUGCCCCCUUCCGGCCCUCUCCUUUUACAAUUACACCACCACAAGUGAACCCACAACCGCCGCUACUUAAGCGCACCUCGCACAACCCUACCUUGUUUCUUCUUGCUUUCCUCCACGCGCGCCACCCCCACUCUUUGCUAACUUCUAUAUCCACCACGCGCUAAUCGAGUUGCUACUUCAUGGGCCUCGAGCUCGAUCAGCUUGAGCUUUUGUCUCACCAGCUCCCUCCGGUCCGGACGUCCGCAACCGACGACGGCGCGACCGCCGCGGACGAUGAAGACCGGUGUGCCACGCCGACGUCGGAGGCGAACAUGCUGCGCGCGCCGUCACUGUGCCCCCCGGCGCCGAGGAAGCCGAGGCCGGCGCGGGCCAAGAGGAGGCAGCAGCACUGCUACUACCGCGGGCGGCGGCGCCGGUGCAGCAGCGGGCCGGCGCACGCGCGGUACUGGAUCGUCGCCGUGCCACACGACCUCGCCGCAGUGUUCAUCGCGGCGCGGCCGCCCUCGCCUUCGAGCUCGCCGUGCCGGCCGCCGGGAGGCAAGAAGAUCCGAGUGCACGUCGUAGGCUGACACCGGCACAUGCAUGCAUGCAUGCACCCGCGGGUCCAUACGAGCCGGCAUGCCGCUGUGUCUGCAGCCGAGCCGGCGUCCAUGCAUGCAGCUCUUGCAUCGUUGCUAGAAGAGAUAAGAUGUGAGCCUGUGAAUGCCCACAGGCCACAGCAUUGCCUAAUGAUAGCUAGUUUAUUAAUUUAGGCUUAAUUAGCUCAUCUAGUUUAGUCUAGUUCCUUGCGCUCAAAUAACCAAGUGUACAUGUAGUUGAUGGCCCACGUGAUCUUGGUAAUUGUUAGCAAAAUGAUGAUGCCAUUGGAGUUGCAUAGAUCGACAAUUUUGCUGCAAGUUAACCAGCUGAGGAUUUGUUCA